UUUAAUAUAACCAAACACGUUGCUGUUGCUCCAUCUGGAAGGGAUGCAGGACAUGAAGCUCAAAAUUACCAGUGAAAAUGUUGAAUAAAGGAAGCAAGCGAAAUUACGCCUGUCAGUGUGGCUGCUUAUUAAGGUGAAGGAAGGAGCAGGCAGGGGAGGAGGAGGAGGAGCGUCAAUAUAAACUUUUGAAGCUGUCUCGCGGACCCUUGCCCUCAUAUCAUUCUCCUCUCCCCUCCUUUCCCCUCUCCCGGCGAUCCCGUCCAUCCAGGACGAACCGUGGGAGGCAGGCUCAAAACGGCGUCCAGAACUCGUACCUCCUGAUUACGAAGCCGAAGUGGGCGCGGGGCAGGACUGACGGGCAGACCUAUCUGUUUAACUUAAGAGGAGACGUGACACCGUGGCGGCUUAGGUGAAGCGCCGCGUCUUUGUUCCCUGCCCCGUCCCCUCCAGGCAUGGCAGCGUGGAACACGAGCACCACGCCACUCCCUGCUCUGCUGCUGGGGGUGACGGGAAGUUCCUGGGGAGCCACUGUGCCCGGGGAUUGUGUGGAGGCUUCCCCGGGUGAGAACAACAACACUUGUUUUCCACAGGACGAGGACGACUUCCAGCCAGAGGAUAUGAGCAGCACCAUCGCCAUCAUCGUGCCAGUCAUCAUCCUUCUGUGCGUGGCGUCGGGCCUGGUGAGCAGCGCUGUGGUGUGUGCUUGCCCCUGGAUCAAGCGGCCAAUGUCGCCCAUCGUACGACUCUCACUCUCACUGGCCGCCGCAAACACUGUUUUCUCCGCCUCGCUCUCCAUUGCUAUUUUGGUCAACACCUACCUGCCCACCGUGCACGGGGUGAGGGUGGGCUUGUGCGUCAGUCUGUCCCUCGAGGCGGUGCGCAUGGGCAGCAUCCUGGUGCAGAUCCUCCACCUGCUGGCCGUGGCGCUCACCCACUACAUGGGCACCGUCAGGCCGCUCCACUACGCCUCCACGAUGACGCCCUACGCACUCAAGCUCAUCCUCGCUGUCCUCUGGCUCGUUCCGAUGGCGGGGAUGUUCAUUGCCUUCGCCUGCGUGCCCGGCCAGGGGUUCCAGUCUCCUGCCUGCAGCGAGAACUACUUCUACAUCAAAGGCAUUACGUUUCGCAUCAUUUGGGCGCUGCUGUUCUUCGGACCAAUGGUGCUGAUAAGCAUGGUGUACUGCCGCAUCUUCCACCUGCUGAACCACCGCGCCCUGUCUCUGGUCAACGCCGAGCAGAGGAACCAGCUCAAAAGAAACAUAAAGACGGUGAAGACGACAACGCUUAUCGUGGGCUCCUUCGUGAUGGGCUGGGGCCCCGCCAUGGUGAAGUUCCUGCUGGUGUGUGACGAGUGUCCCAUCAAGACCACGAGCAUCGACCUCACCACCAACUUCGCUCUCGGUGUCAUCGUCAACACUAUAUACUGCCUAAAGGUUUUCACGGACACCUUCAUAUAUGCAGUGCAGCUGCGUGACGUGCGGAAAGCCCUACAGGCCAUGGGGCGGCGCCUAAUCGGCCAGGUGACGGGACGCCAAGUAGACGGCCCCUCCAGGACAGUCUCCAGAAUGUCUCGCACUUCGUCCACCAGAGUGUUCAUCGGGUCCCCCGCCCUCCGCAGGAUGCAUACUCUCCUAUCCAGGCGUUCCUCCUCCAAGUCGACAACUCCCUCUCAUCAGCCCAUACAGGGAGACGGGACGGGCAGUCUGCCUCCUCCCUCCUCGUCAGCCCCCUGCAACUCGUCCUCCUGGCCAGUUAACCUCGAGGUCUCUGUCUACACCAACAACUAUCACAAGGACGAUGUGCGCUUAACUACCCUUGUGGAGGAGACGAACUUAGACCCGAUACAGGAGGACGACCGCUUGUGAGCACGAGGUGGUGCAGGGACGAGGCUCGCUGACCCUGCACCUGUGACCUAAUCAACACCACGAGUAUAGAGGAUUAUGAACAAAGAACUGUGUCUAGUCAAAGCGAAUCCUCAGUGGAUGACCGAUAUUUGGUCAGUGUUUCUGGGAACAAUAUUGUCAAAAGUUAUGAAACAAGGGCUUCUUUCUUUAAAAAGGUCGCAGAAACAAGAAUAAAACAUAAACUGUAAUCACCCCAUAGAUGGACAGAAGACGUGAAAAAUAAGACAUGAAAAAAUAAUCAAUUUUGAUUGAAAAAAUGUUGUGCUACUCCCUUUUUGAAACCGUUCGUCAAAUGAAGAAAGAAGUUUGUUCCAGUGUUUAUCAGUGAAGACGGUGAGGACACUGAUUUAACUCUUGCAAUAGAGAAAUGGAUAGCAUAAGAAUUAAUUAGAUAUUUAUAGAGCAGUGGUACCUUAUUCCUUGUUAAAGAAAUUUCAUAUCGAAAUUAUUUGUAAAACACUGAGGAGUUUAUUUAGACCUCAGACAUUGGCUGAAAUGACUGGCUAAAUCAUUAUUCAUUGCAAGAGAAAAUACUGAUCCACCCGAUGCUCAAAGUUGAAGGACACUUUAAAAGUGCGGUGUAAAGGUGAAGGCGUGGGACUGAGAAAAUAAAUCGCCGAAGAAGAGUUGUAGAAUUUAAGUGUGGCAAAGGAUUUCCGGAGAGUUCUCUGUGAAAAGCUGACGUUGAGUCUUAAUGGAGGGUCAGGAAAAAGUGAACGGAAAGUGACGCUGGCAUGACAGAGAUGGAUAAGUCAAAUCUAAGAAAUGAAGGAGCUCAGCACUCGCCCCAGUGGUGUUAAAGACUUCUGAAAAAGAAAUAUGAAAAGUUUAGGACUCCUUUUCACCUUGUGUGUGACAACGCUGCCUCAGCACGGGGAAUUUUUCAUCCAAGGAAAAUGUCAAAAACAAGGUUGUGUGAGACCAUGAUUUCCCAAACUUUGUGAGGUGUCCUUGCAACCUACCUGUGGAAUGUGUAAAACGUAGAAAAAUCGUGUUGAGCGUGCAGUGUGUUCCUUAUUAAAGUAAUUGUGUUUGUUGCUCAACUCGAGGACUGCUGCUCACCUUUCAUCACCAAGUCACUCCUGAGUUAGGUGCCCACGCUCCAUUUCCCACCUGCUUCAGUCUUUUUUCUGUCCUAUGGGAGGCCGUCGUGUCCUGUGUACGGCUGACCUCAUUCACCUGAUAACUUAAAGUAGCCAGAGUGACCAUUCUCGCUCCACCAGAUAGCAUGGCCCCCACCAGCAUGGGUCGAUAUUUUAGUUGCCGCCAACUACAAGACCAGUUGUAUGUAGCCUUGUCUCAGUUAUAUGUAAAUAUGUUUUUCUUCAUUGUCAAGUCUCUGGCGCUGAACCUCUUGACGUGGGCCCCCGGGUACCCUGCACACCAGGAAGCUGCCUUUCAGUUUACAGAAAGGGUUAUUACUUCAGGAGUAAGGUAUUCGAAUUUAUUGGAUGGGGGAAAGAACUGAAUCGGUGAUUUAGAAAGAUUGUGGUUAAGCAUAAGUUCAUAAGAAGGCUUUUGAGGGUUACUGUUAUUGCUCUUUUUAAUCUCAUGUACAGGAGUGACACGUUCAUGAGAUUACAGCUUGAUUAUGGGAGAGAGAAAGAGAGAUUUACAUAGAUUUAUAUAGAAGAUCAAACCACACAGACCCCAUGGUCCAAACUAGGUGGUCUGUCCAUAAACCUAAGUGAUUUUACAUUAAUCAGAUGGCUCCAAAACGUUGCUUUUCUACUCUAGUUAAUAUUAAGUUCAAGGAAGUGACGGUCGAGCUUGUUUUUAAAGGAGUCAAUCGUGUUACACUGGACCACUGAUGGUGGGAGCUUAUUCCAUUCUCGCACUACAACGUUGGUGAAGAAAAAUUUGGUGCAGUCUGAAUUUACUUGUCUACAUUUGAGUUUUGUGCCAUUGUUCCUCGUUCGCAAAGUGUCAUCGAUCAUAAACAAUUUUGUUCUGUCUACAUUCGUGAAACCAUUAAGUAUUUUAAAACAUUCGAUCAGUUUUCCUCGGAGGCAACGUUUCUCAAGAGAGAACAUGUUAAGGGUGGAAAGCCUUUCUUCGUAGGAUUUGUUGCGCAAGGAAGGGAUCAUUUUUGUUGCUCGACGCUGAACACCUUCUAGUUUAGCAAUGUCCUUUGCAUGGUGGGGAGACCAAAACUGUACCGCAUAUUCCAAGUGGGGUCUGACUAAACUAUUGUAGAGCGGAAGUAUUACAUCUUUAUUCUUGAAUAAAAAGUUUCUUUUAAUGAAGCCCAACAUUCUGUUCGCUUUAUUUGCUGCAUCGAUGCAUUGAUGUGAGAAUUUGAGGUUUGACGCGAUUUUAAUCCCCAGGUUCUUAACGCAUUGAACGCUUGUGAGUUUAACUUUCGUAAUCGAAAUUCUUAUUUUUUGUUCCAACUUGAAGGACCUGGCACUUGUCUACGUUAAAGGGCAUCUCCCAUUUAUCCGACCAAGCUGAAAUUUUGUGCAAAUCCUCUUGGAGGCUUUGCCUGUCUUCGUCAGUGAGAACCGAGUUACCAAUCUUUGUGUCGUCUGCAAAUUUACUAAUGUGAUUAUUGAGUCCAACAUCCACGUCGUUGAUGUAAAUAAUGAAGAGCACUGGGCCAAGAACCGAGCCCUGAGGGACGCCACUAGUGACCGGCGCCCACUCUGAGUUAAAUCCGUCAAUCACAACUCUUUGUUGUCGGUUGCUCAACCAAUUCGCGAUCCAUUGGUUUACUUGACCGUCAAUGCCUAUUUGCUUUAAUUUAUAAAGUAAUUUAUGAUGUGGGACUUUAUCAAACGCUUUCUGGAAAUCAAGAUAGACUAC